UUAAUUUUCUUCUCUUACACGACAAUAUAUCAACCCAGCCAGAGCAUUUUGCUUCGAGCCUAUAUCUCCUCCCGCCAGAUACAGCAUUCAACUUUCAGCGUUCGUUGAAAUGGGCCGAACGCAGCGCUCAGCCUCGUGGGCUCUUCUCGUCUUUUUGAACCUGGUAACGACUACAUAAUGCUCCAAUACCACAUACAACAACGAAACCUCUUCGCACUCACGCAAGACUGGAUGGCGAGACGGCCCCAACGAGCGAGGCACAAUGACACUAGUUUGGACUUGUCUGACGACAAUCAUCGCCUGCACUUGGACCAUACUUCAUCUCAACGUGCCCCAUCCGACCGAAAGCACGUGGACUAUCAUACGACGCAAAGCGAAAUGGAUGAUUGCCACUAUUCUGUUCCCGGAGUUCAUCUUCUCGAAAGCAAUAUGCGAGCUUCAUAUGGCCAUUGAUGAUCUACAUGGCAUGAAAGAGAAGGAAGACAUACUCAAGAGUCUGAAGGGUGACAGAGAGACUGGUUGGACUGUUAAGUAUGGACGUGGAGCACAGCUGUUACAUUACAUGUUCCGAGUAUUUGGUCAGGAACCUGUCCGACAUUUACCGAAGAACAAACCGGCCACUCGCGAUGCAAUAGAAAUCAAAGAACCAACACCUCCGGCGGUCUCGACCAGCGGUCCUGCUCGUUAUACCACUUUCGCCGACUAUUCCGAGGCGGCUCGCACAUGGACACUCACUCAUUCCUAUUUUGCUAAUAUGGGAGGCUUGCUCCAUGUUGGCCCGCUCCAUGAUGGCCCUUCCCCUUCCGCUCCAUAUUUCGGGUUCAUCACAAGACAUAGGCUCGACCCCAUCACAACACUCAGGUUGCAGCACUACAACCUAGGAUCAACAACUCAUAUGCCAGAAAGCUACUCUCCGAACAUCAGCUGUAGAGAACCCAGCUGAAAUCUCAGCUGUGCAGGGCUCAUCUGAACUUACUAGCGCGCCACCCUGGGGGUGGCCCCCUUCCUUCCCCUAGUAUAUAUACAACUAGCUAGACGUCUAUAGAAAUCAGAGUUCACAUCAAUUUCAACCUGAGUACAA